AUGAGUUAUCGUACCUCUACUACUGCAUUGCCAUCUUCCAAAAAGACUCAUCUGGAGCGCCACAAACAAAUAUUAAAACAGUUGCUAAAAGAAGAACCUAAUCGUUCAUGUGCUGAUUGUAAAAUAAACAAAAAUCCUAGAUGGGCAUCAUGGAAUCUUGGGUGUUUCAUCUGUAUUCGAUGUUCAGGUAUACAUAGAAGUAUGGGUACACAUAUUUCAAAAGUGAAAUCGGUUGAUUUAGAUGCUUGGACUGAUGAUCAAAUUGAAAAUAUUGUUCAAUGGGGCAAUGACAAAUGCAAUGGAUUUUGGGAAGCUAAAUUACCGGAAGGUUAUGUACCUGAUCAAUCAAAGAUUGAAAAUUUUAUAAGAACGAAAUAUGAUUUGAAAAAAUGGUGUUUAUCGUCAACGAUUCCUAACCCUGUUACCAUCAAGGGGAAAACUACAACGGUGAAUAACGACAACGCUGCACCUUCAACACGCAACCUGCAACCAAACGUGCUCAAGAAAACCCAGAAAACAUCUGCUCCCAGAUCAGGAUCGAUAUUAGAUGACGAGUUUGGAUUAUUCACGUCGCAUAACACGUCAACGCCGGCAACAACAACUCAAUCACGUACGCCUCCUAUAGCCACUCGGGAAGCAUCAGUAGCACUAGCAACAACAACAGAUUCCAGACCAUCUCAGCAAAUUCAAUCAGCCCAAUCGACAGGAGGAUCAAUUUCAAGCAACUCAAGACCAGACUUAAAGAAAUCAAUUCUUUCCCUAUAUGCAUCCCCAUCAGCAUCCAAUAGUUUUGUGCAAUCACAACAGUCAUCACAAUAUCCAAACAAAGCAAGUCCUAGUGCCAACUCAUUAUCGGAUUCAUUAGCAGGGCUUCAAUUUCAACCAUCUCAGUCUGUAUCAAAUCUAAGCAACGGUAAUGGUGCCAUCUACAAUAAACCACAAGCACAAUCUACGGGACCAUUAAACGCCACCCUGAAACCAUUGGCAUCAACUCCAACUCCAUGGAACUCAGAGUGGAACGAUUCAUCAUCAUCAUCAUACACCGCCACUCCAAAAUCUAAUCUCAAUGUUAGAUUAGAUGAUGAUUUAUUUAAAAAUGUAUGGAGUUAG